CGCCACAGUAGAUGGCGUUGGCCUUGUUUUCUUUUUCGACCUUCAGUCCGCUCUUUUGGAAAUUUGGAAAUCUCUAAUCGUUGAUAUAUUUCUGAAAAUUUAGGAACCUAGAAGUUGUAAAAGUUGAUAUAGGCCACGAUCGCCAAGCAUGCCGAAAAAGUUUGACGGGGAAAAUUCAAAAGUGGCAGUAGCCAGAGCGCGUAAGGAGGCAGUCAAACAGGCAGACCAUAAAAAGAAAGAAGAAAAGAAGGAAGAAGAGUUCUGGAAAGAUGAUGAUAAAAAUGUCCAGAAAAAGUUGCAGCGCAAAGAUGAGAAGGAAAAGAAAAGAAUAGAACAGUUGGAAAAGAAAACUGUACUCAAAAAUUUGGCAGAUGAAGAAAUGGAGGCAAUAAAACCACCGCCUAAGCAAGCAUCCAGCAAAAUUUCUCGCCUACAAAUUCAAGCUGAACUAGAAAAGAGGGAGGCUGCUGCCAAAGGCAAGGGAUCACAAACCAAAGUUGUGCCAGUUGAAGAUAUGGAUGCACCAAUUCCAGAAAAUAUAAAUAGGGUGGUAAUUGAUGGAGAAGUAGCUAGCUCAGUAGAUGAAGCUAUCCAAGUUCUAAGAAUUAGUGAUUCAGCUGCCGAUAUUGAACGUCAUCCUGAAAAACGAAUGAAAGCUGCAUAUACCGCGUUUGAAGAACGACAUCUUCCACGUCUCCGUGAAGAGAACCCGAAUAUGCGUCUUUCCCAAAUAAAACAAAUGUUGCAUAGGGAAUGGCUUAAAAGCCCAGAAAACCCGUUAAAUGCAUCCCACUCUCAAUACAAUAAAAAGAAAUAACGUUAACAUAGUAUUUUCUCUGAGGAUGAGUUUGUUCAAUGAAGUUAACAUUUCUGUGCUCAUCAUAAAAUUGAAACAGUUUUAUGUUGAAAGAAUACAAAAUCGAAGAGGCAAA